AUACCUUCAAGUACCCCCAGGGCUUCACGGUGGCAGGAGUUAGUUAGGCUCGGAAUCUUUCUGUGUGGAGUUUGCAUGUUCUCCCCGUGAAUGCGUGGGUUCCCUCCGGGUACUCCGGCUUCCUCCCACUGCCAAAGACAUGCACCUGGGGAUAGGUUGAUUGGCAACACUAAAUCGGCCCUAGUGUGUGAAUGUGAGUGUGAAUGUUGUCUGUCUAUCUGUGUUGGCCCUGCGAUGAGGUGGCGACUUGUCCAGGGUGUACCCUGCCUUCCGCCCGAUUGUAGCUGAGAUAGGCUCCAGCGCCCCCUGCGACCGCUAAAAGGGAAUAAGCGGUAAUAAAUAAAUGGAUGGAUGGAUGGAUGUAUGCCUUAUAGCAUUGAAACUUCCUGUUUGGAGUUCACACGUCGACAGGGAAGUCUUAUUACUUUUUCUCCAGUUUUUAAAUAUUCACGUCGUAUAAAAUACAUCUUUGAGUCUUUAUUUAGGGAUAAGAUUGUCUCGGUGCGCGAGAAGCAUUUUGACGUGUUUCGUGCUGACUUAGAUUAGCUCGCCAGUUGGCUUAGCUUGUUAGCUGCUAACAAAGACGCAGAAGUUGUCGACACAUCGCUGAGCAGCUAAAUAUCAUCUCUAACCAGACUGUGGGGUCUUAAGUGCUCGUCGUCAUGGGACCGAAGAGAACCCCAGCGGCGGAGGAAAAUGAGGACAUUAAAAAGUCCCUACAGUUUCUAUCACAAGACGUAAAUGACAUACGGAUUAAACAGGAUAUAAUUCUUAAACUCGUGGACGAAGUCACGGAGCUCCUUAUGUGCAUCCAGGAGAGGGAUAAGAAGAUUGGCGAGUUGGAGAGGAAAGUGGAAGAUCUGGAGCAGUAUUCUAGACUGAAUGACGUGAUUGUGACGGGGCUAAAAGUUAAACCCCGCUCAUAUGCACAUGCUGCGGGGAGCGAGAGUGCAUCUGGGGACCUGGAGGCUGGCUUGGUGGAGGAGCAGGUUGUGGACUUUCUGGCUUCCAGAGACAUUCAUCUGGACAAGAACUCAAUCGAAGCGUGUCAUCCUCUGCCUGCGAAGAGGGACGUCAUGCCUGCUGUUAUCCUGAGGUCAUUAAUGUGGACGAUGAAGGCAACGAGCUGGGCUCCGGCAUCAUGGAGCUCACCCAGACCGAGCUCAUUCUUCACACACGCAAGAGAGACGCCAUCAGAUGGCCGUACCUCUGCCUGCGCCGCUACGGCUACGACUCCAACCUGUUUUCUUUCGAGAGCGGGCGGCGCUGUCAGACGGGACAGGGGAUCUUUGCCUUCAAGUGUUCUCGCGCCGAGGAGAUCUUCAAUCUUCUCCAGGAGCUGAUGCAAUGCAACAGCAUCAACGUGGUGGAGGAGUCCAUGAUGAUGACUCGCAGCGGCCACACGCCAGAGAUGGAGAUGUCUCGCACGCCGCAGACACCCAACACCCCAGCGUUCCCCGUGCAGGCGUUUCCCAACGGAUACCCUGGUUAUCCAAUCAGAGGAGAGUCGUCCCUCGCUGAGGACCACGGACACAACCUGAUGGGUUUGGAAGACCAGACUCACACCUACGUGAACACUGUUAGCAUGGAGGGGGAUCUCGCCAUGCGUCACUGCGUGCACGCCCUGUCUGAGGUGCGCCCCGGCGCUUUCCCCGAAGCGACACGCGGGGCCAUGCCAGGCGGGGUCCAAGGGACCGCGCAGUCCAACCUGCGCUGCUGCCCCCUGGAGGAGCACAAAGAUCCUCAGGUGUUCCUCCAGCCGUCGUCGCAGGAGGUGAAGUUCAUGCUGGGCCCCACGCCGGCGCAGCGUCAUCUCCUGCAAAGGGAGCGGGAGCGGCUCGCUCACGGCCCCCACAGCCUCCAGCCAGCAGAGGGCGCAACCGGCUCAGAGACGGAUGGAGACGAAGUCCCCGUGCACAUGUGUAACUCGCUCUCCUUUCACCAUUUCCAUCACCACCCUCACAGGCACCCGUGCCACGAGCACCCGGACAGCUGCGGGAGUGCCGAGCUGACCUACGAGAACAUCAACGGCCUGAGGAGCGGCCGCAAGCAGCGGCUGAGUCCCAGCAGUGUGUCUCAGUCGGUGGGCUCCAGCAGCAGCAGCAGCACCGGGGACAGUCACUCCCACUCCCUCCUGCACCCCCACGCGCCGUCCUCUCUUCCUCCGCUGGGCUACGGCUGCGAGAGAGCCAUGGGCGGAGGUCACCGUCGGACGGCCUUGCUCAACUACGAGAACCUUCCCUCUCUGCCGCCCGUGUGGGAGUACAGCGCCCUGCAGCGGGACGACGAGCAGGAGGAAGAAGACGACGAGGCGGAGGAAGAAGAGUACGAAGAGGAAGAGGAAGACUUUGACGAAUACGAGUUCUCGGAAGGCCCCGGGACCACCAACGGCUACCACCAGGACGGGCGAGGCAUCCACAGGGACGCCCUUCAGAACUACGUCAACACAGAGACAGUGCAGCCGCCCAGGCUGCGACACAGCUGCCCCCCGCACCCGCGGCCGUGUCAGCCCGACAGAGGGGGGCGGGUUUUUAGCUUUGAUUUCCGCAGACGAUCCAGGUCGGGGGUCGGCACCUGCGAGCACGGCCACAUGCCUCCGUCGCGCCAGCUCAACUACAUCCAGGUAGACCUCGAGGGAGAGGCUCUCGCCGGGGGGGGCGGCCAGCCGCAGCACCAGCGCCUCUUGCCCAAAAAGUGCGGCCCCCAAGCUCCUAGGCGCAGCGAAUGCUACGCCGUCAUUGACCUGAAGAAGACGGCAGCCAUGUCCAACCUGCAAAAAGCUCUGCCCAGGGAUGACGGGACUUCCAGAAAGACUCGCCACAACAGCACAGACCUGCCUCUGUAGACCAUGUCGACCAUGCAGACGGAGCUUGGUUUCAGCACAUGGAACCUUCCACUGUCAUCCGUCCUUUAGGACUUUGGCGUUGACUCAGACAGAACCUGAUCGGUGAAAGGGAACCUCUGUUAUUUAUUAGCUACAUGUUGUGACGUUUCAAUACCGUCGGCCGGAAGUGACGUCGUUCCGAGUGAAGCCGCUUCCAUCUUGUAACGGAAUCACCACCCGCCAACCAUUACCGCUCUUCAUUCUUCCUCGGGCCGACGCUUCGAAAAAGAAGUUCCCCGCCAGUGUUUGUACCUCAUGGCCGCCACCUGUGUGGCCACUUAAAAAAAUGCUCCUUUAGUUCUUCAUAAAAGCCCAUAGAGCAGUUUGCACACAAUCCUAUGGAAUUGUAUUUUUCGGGUUCUAGGGAGUUUUCGCAACAGCCGGACUGACCGAGGUUGUAUUUUGGGGGCACCCGAGCAGAAGGGACACGUAGCACAAAGAAAAUCCAGUGUAGCAUAUCAUGCUCCCAUCGCGCCGUGUUGCACUUUUGAAGAUGCUCUUUGUUUUUCCGCAGUGUCUCCACCUGAGCCGCACGCUCCACGUAAGAUGGAAAGAAGGCUUGUUUUGUAGACUUGGCCAGAGUUUGUAGUUCUUUCAUGAUUUGGAAGAUGCGUAACCUCAUGGACGCUCUUAAGGUCACCUCAAAUGUGCUGAAUCAACACUUUGCCUGUCAUCAGGUAUGAGCGUUGGGCGUAAAAAAGGUAAGCACGUUUGUUUUUGUAAUGGUGAUGACUUUCUUAUUUAUUUUCUUAUUUAUAGGUGCGUUACAGUGGUACUUCGGUUUUUCGUACUGUUAGGACAACAUUUGUUUGACACGGUUUUUGUACGCCCUUUCAGUUAUUCUACAGCCAACCAUAACCAUAGUAAAAAAAUUGUCUUGUUUUGCAAAAUCGAUUGAUUCAGCCUUCAGUCUUUUCUAUUAAGUACGACUGCAAAAUAUUCCCCCAUGGGCCAAAUAAAGUUGCAAGUGAAAGCACUUUGAUAAAGAAGGUAAAUAACACCAUUGACUUCGAGAAAAAACUCGAAACAUUUUCUGCAAGACCCCAAAAGGGAGUAAGCGGUAGAAAAUGGAUGGAUGGAUGGAUCUACAUUUUUUAACAGGACAAAUUGCUUUUGGUAUGUGUCCAAUUCGGUUUUCAUCAGACGUUUUUUGGAACGGAUUACUGAAAAUAACUGAGGUACCACUGUAGUAUUAUUAUUUAUUAUUUUCCAUGUGACAACCAGCAUUUUUUGUGUGUAAUCCAGUUGUUAAACUGGACACCAAAAUUUGAAAUUACUGACUGUGCUCGUUCUAUUGAAACAAUUUUAAAAGAGACUUUAUUUAUACUUUAAGUGCCAAAAUCCAACCUAAUGAAAUCAAACGUGCCAAUUGUUUCAAAAAAUUAUG